GGGCUGACGCAUAUACAUACAUACAUAUACAGACACAGACCACACUUACAUACAUACGUACAUACAUAUGUACAGAGGUAGUUUGUAGGCACGUCAAUGCUGCGAUGGUAGGUAGGUAGGCAAGUAGUAGUAGUAGUAGGGAAGUAUAUUAGAACAUGUCAUAUAGUAAGUAUUAUGCUCUGUUAUGUACGGCAUCGAUCACGAUUUCCGGAGAUGGGGGAUUUGUGGUUUUGGGCUGUAUGUGCAAUACACUAUGCGCGUGCGUACGUGCGUGCGUAUAGGUAGGUAGGUAGGCAGAUAGGUACGUGCGUAUAUCGAUUUGUAUCUGUCUGUCUUUGCCUGUGUCUAGGUAUAGAAGUAGAAUACAUACAUAGAUAUAUAGAUAGAUAGGUAGGUGUAUAUGACCAAGCCAUGCAUUGGGGCAGCAUGUCUCAAAUUCUUUGGGCCCGAUUGGGCGUUUUGAGGAAGGGGGGUGCUACUGUUAUUGCCAUUGCUGCUCUUGGGAUUUCUGGUAUGUGUAGAUCCAACCGAUUCCCCUCUCAUAUUCUCAUCUUAGGUAUACCAUUUCCAUCUCUUGGACGUUGGAGAGGAUGUAAGGAGGAGGAGGGGAUGGAGAUGUGGAUAUGGAGACUACAGGUAGGUGGAUGGGUUGGUGGAUGGAGAGAGAGGGACGUACAUACAUACAUACAUACAUGAACUAGUAGAGAUAGCCUGGAUACACUACCUACAUGUCGACCUAGUUUCUGCUCACUUAGGUACGUAUUGCGUGCUUUGGUAUAGUACGAUUCGUGCAUGUAUAUGUGCGCAGGUAGGUAGGUGGGAAUAUGGAGAUAUAUAUCGAUAGAUUGGUUAAGCUACCUAGGUAGGUAGGUAGGUAGGUAGGUAGGUAGAUAUGUGAGAGUGCCUACCUUCUAUCUAGCA